GCCACCUGCGCGGGUCCCCCAUUCGCGCAGGCCAACCCAUCCGCGCAGGUCCCCCAUCCGCGCAGGCCGCCCAUCCGCGCAGGCUCGCGCAUUGGCGCAGGCACGCACAUCCGCGCAGUAACUGGUGCCGCAUUGGGGGCUGAAAGUUACACGACGGAUUACCACCGCCCGGCCU